UGCCGGCUUCCGUAGCAUAGCAUAAUGGCGUGGACGUUUCUCCGCUGCGUCUCAGGGCCUCAUCUAACACGAAUUCACCGAUCACCGGACCAGUCUGGACCCGACAGCAGGAGGGGAAGAAACUACCAACCCAGGACUCUGGAAAAACACACCGACAAUCUUCUUGGUUGGGCUUCGACACUGUGGUCUCUGUCCUACUACAGCUCUCCCCUGCUGCUCAGCUACCUCUACAGGAAAGGCUACAUCUGUAGCAGUAAAUUGGUUCCAGUGAGUCAGUUGGUGGGAACCGUGAUUGUGUGUCUUCUCGGAGUGGCCUGUCUGAGAGGCUGGGGGAGAUGGAAAAACUCUGACUAUGUUCAGUUUAUCUCUGUUCUGGAGGAAUCGAGGAAGAAUCUCUCAUCAGAAAACAAGAGAAAACUGAGGUCCUACAACUUUGACUUCUCACACUGGCCAUCGGAUUUCAGAUCGACAGAAGUCAGCAGUCCGAAACUGAGCAAAGCUGGCGUUUCUCUGCUGAAGCCAGAGCCCAAACUAAGAGGAACAGCAGACACUGUCCUUAACUCUGUGCGCACGUUGCCAUGCCACAUCAUCGGGUUUCUUGUUACUCAUUCAUUCGGGAGGAGGAUGCUGUACCCUGGCUCUGUGGGUUUACUGCAGAAAGCGAUGAGACCCAUGCUGCACCAAGGCCAGGCUAAGUUGAUAGAAGAGUAUGGUGGCCAAAGAAACAAGCUAGUGGCCUGUGACGGUAAUGAGAUCGACACAAUGUUUGUGGAUCGAAGGAGAGAUGGUGGAGAGAAAGGCAAAACUCUGGUCAUCUGCUGUGAGGGGAAUGCAGGCUUUUAUGAGGUGGGCUGCAUGAACACUCCUCUGGAGGGUGGCUACUCUGUACUGGGCUGGAACCACCCUGGCUUUGGAGGUAGCACUGGAGUGCCAUUCCCUCAGAAUGAGGCCAAUGCCAUGGAUGUGGUUAUCCAGUUUGCAGUACAUAAGCUUGGUUUCCAACUGAGUGAUAUUGUCAUAUAUGCAUGGUCCAUAGGAGGCUUCACAGCCACUUGGGCAGUGAUGUCUUACCCAGAGAUUCAGUCCGUAGUGUUGGAUGCUUCCUUUGAUGAUCUGCUGCCUCUGGCUCUCAAAGUGAUGCCGGAAAGUUGGAGACCUUUGGUACAACACACAGUGAGGCAAUACAUGAACCUCAACAAUGCAGAGCAGCUUCUCAAAUACCAAGGACCAGUCCAGCUGAUCAGGAGGACCAGAGAUGAAAUCAUCACCACAGCGGGUCCAGAUGACAUCAUGUCCAACAGAGGAAACAACCUCUUGGUCAAACUUCUGCAGUACAGGUAUCCUAAAAUAAUGACAGAGGAAGGGAUCCGAAUUGUCAAACAAUGGCUUGGAGCUUCUAAUCCAAUAGAAGAAACAUCUGUGUACAGCAGCUAUGAAGUGGACGAUGAGUGGUGCGUGUCUGUGCUGCAGUCUUAUCAGGCAGACGGAGAAGUUUUGUUUCCAUGGAGUGUUGGUGAGGACAUGACUCCAGAGGGAAGGCAGCAGUUGGCUCUUUUCUUGGCGAGGAAGCACAUGCGAAACUUUGAGUCGACACAUUGCACUCCUCUCCCUGCCGCCGAGUUCCACUCACCCUGGAGACUCUAAGGAGGGAAGAAAAAAGGCUGGAUGGAUGAGGGGAGAUGAACAACAGAGGAGAUGGAUGGCUUGUAGUUGGUGUGUUCCUGGCAUGGUGUGAAUGUACUGUGAUCUUUGGGCCCGUUUUCCUACACAUUUAGCCAAAACGUGGUAAAAUGUCAUACAUCAUUUCUUUUACAAUUAGUUUUGUCAUUUCGUUCAGCUUUUCUCAGAAAGAAAAAAGGAAUCCAGCAUUUUUUUUAAAUAAAUGCACAUGCCAUUACUCACUCCCUCCAUUGUUUGCCUUUGGCUACAUUUGUUUAAGAAUAUAUCAGUAGGCAUAUAUACACUUAAUCUAUUUAGAGGGAAUCCAUUUUUAAAAAUGAAGCCAAAGUGAUCACUCUUUUCAGGUUUUUAUUUUUGUUGGUUUUUUUCACUGUGGGCACCAUCUUUAAGAGUAAGUCUGUAACCUAUUAUUAUACUCUAUCGUUCCAAUAAAUAUGCUAGAUAUAAA